UUCGUAGAUAUACACAUGCACAUCUCUCAAAUUUGUACACUUCUAAACUAAUCACUACAUUUUUGAAAUGCCAACCUCCUCCACGUUAGUAAAGUUGAAAAGAAGGUCAUUUGAAUCGUAGUACCGACAACGUGCGUCGAUUCCCGCGCAUUGCAUUUUGGUAGUGAAUGGCAUGGAUCCGCCAUGAUGCCUUCUCUGAAAACGAGUCCUACAUUCAUGUUUGGAAGUGUUAUUUUAUGUAUUGUGACUGAGUGAACGUUAACCGUCAAGAUGGGGACGAACUAAGAGUGUCGUAGGUUUGUCCGCCAAAGGGUUUAAACCCUUCGGGGCCCUAAAAAGCGACCUACAAGAGAUUUUUAAUUUGGUGUUCAAUGUGUUGAUAGUCUGUCAACAAAAAUGAGCAAGCUCUCGUUCAGGGCUAGGGCGCUUGAUGCGUCCAAGCCCAUGCCGAUUUUCAUGGCAGAGGAGGUUCCAGAUCUGCCAGAAUAUUCGGCAAUAAAUAGAGCAGUGCCCCAAAUGCCCAGUGGAAUGGAAAAAGAGGAAGAAAGUGAGCAUCAUUUACAAAGAGCAAUAUGUGCGGGCCUCAUCAUUCCUACACCAGAAGUCCAAAAUAUGGCAGAUUCAGAAAUUUACGAACGAAUGUAUCCUUCAAACUACAAGGCCCCAAGGCAACUUAUUCAUGUACAACCAUUUUCAAUGGAGCAGGACAUUCCAGAUUACGACAUGGACUCAGAAGACGAACAGUGGAUAAAGGCACAAUCCAAGAAAUUGGAGCUUACCCCUCUGAAGUUUGAAGAAAUGUUAGAUCGCCUUGAGAAAAGUAGUGGUCAAACAGUCAUAAACGUCCAAGAAGCUAAAUCUCUUCUGAAGGAAGAUGAUGAUCUUGCUAUUGCAGUUUAUGACUAUUGGUUGGAAAAAAGAUUAAAAACGAAAUGGCCGCUGAUUCCAACUGUCAAGACUGAGCUCAGAGCUGGGGCUGCUGCAAACAACCCCUAUCUUGCCUUCAGACGGCGAACAGAAAAGAUGCAAACACGCAAAAACCGCAAAAAUGAUGAAACUUCAUAUGAAAAGAUGCUUAAACUUCGAAGAGAUCUUAGCAGAGCUGUUACCCUUUUGGAAAUGGUGAAAAGACGUGAAAAGACAAAAAGAGAGCUUCUCCAUCUAACUGUUGAAGUGUAUGAGAAAAGGUACCAAGCUGGAGAUUUCAGUGGACAGUUGUUGGCUGAUGUUUCAGCCCUGAAAAGUUACCAGCAUCCCCGACCAGCAUUUGCUCCUAUAUUUCCCAAUCAAUACAGCAUCAGUUCUUGGACCAACAAAGUUCCAAUCAAGGAUGAAGUUGUUACAAGAAAGGAAAAGCGACCAUACAAAAGAAGAAAGCGCACAGCUGGCUCUUCAGUAUGUGGUACAACUGCUGGAACAGGAAGCCGUGGAGGUUUGGAUGGAUAUCUUGGCACUCAGGGUAGUUCUGAGGAAGAGACUUCUAGCACAGGCAUGAGAACUUCUAGUCCUGUUCAACCUGCUCCCGAAGCAGAGGAAGAAGAUGAAGGACCUUUUGCAUUCAGGAGAAAUCCUGCUUGCAAUUAUCAUGCUCCCCUUCCUGGUGAAUUUGGCAACUGGCCAUGGUGUAGUAAAGAGGAAGGCGGUUCUGGUGAUCACAGGUAUCGAUUCUGUCUAACAUCUGUCAAUAGGCCAAGACCUAGGUGUAUAGGCUUUGCCAGAAGACGGAUAGGUCGAGGAGGAAGGAUAAUUUUAGACCGCGAACCUACGGAACUUGAUGAUAUCUGGAGAUCACUGGACUUCACUGUUCAAGAUUCGUCGCAAUGUAAUGUAGCAUCAUCCAGUACUAAUCACAAUAACAAUGAAAUUCUUAGUGAAAUUAAGGCAGAUUGGCUGCACUUUAGACCCAAGAUGCCACAAAAGCAAGAAAAAGAAGACUCGGAUGUGGAUGAUGGUUUGAAUGAAGAUGUGGCAGAUCAAAGCCUGCUGGCCAGGCGUGGUCCUGUCACUCUAGAAGUUCAAAGUGAAGCUCCUGGAAGUGAUACUUGUACUUUCAGCACUCUUAUGGAAUUAGACCUUGAUAGGCUAGACUCAGAUGAUCUUUUCCCUACUCUUGGUAGUCUGUCUACUCUGGGACAGGAUUUCGUGGACGAUAGUUCCUGCUUAGAUAAAAGUGUGGAGCCACUUCCUGCUCCUGACCAGAAGAUGGAUUGGGAACUGGAAAAUGGUAUGGUCUCUGAUGUUGUUCCUCCAACGAAGAAGAGACUUCAUGUUGGUGUUACUGGGCUACCAACAUCACGCCCAGUUUCAACUGACACUUCUACUCUAUCUUCGUUAUUAACGAGAAAGGGUGACAAGGAUGGUUUUAAACCUGAUAAGCAACGGACUGGGAUCUACAUUGUUAAGGAUGGCUCAGAACUUAAUGGUCCCAGUCAAGAGUUGACAAUAUGUGGUAAAAAUGGAGACAUUAGGGCAUGUUCACCAACACAGGUAGGCUGUUCAGCCUUUUUCAUGUGUGAUAGCAACAAUGGAGGCUUACCUCAGAGCAAUGGAGAGUCAUCUCCUCGUAAAAGUGCAUCAGUGACAAGGUUAAAUCCUCCCCCUCCAUAUCCAUCAACCUCAUUGACUCAGUGCUUGACUGGGAAUGGGAGCUGGAACCACAUUGAUGUUGGUAGCAAAAGCUCAGGGCCAGUGGUUGUGGUGAAUCAUAGUGACAGUUUGACUAGUAGCAGAGUUCAACGGCCAACUGGGACUUCAACGCCAACUGUAAUCCUCAGCAAUGGACCUCUACCUUCAGCAACCUCUGCUGAGUGCCUCAGUGGAGUUGCUGGCAAUAUGUCUGGUAUAAGACCAUCCACUUCAAUUGACCUGAACCGGAAAAUUGCUCUAGUUCACCAACCUAGGGCAGCUACAGUUGUUUCACAAAUAUCUUCAGUCUCAGCACCCACUGUUAUUCAGCCAUCUAGCAGUACCUCUGAGGCUCCUACUACAAUUAUAAGACAAGUCAACCUACUACCUGAAACGCAGAAAAGUGGAUCAAGCAGGGAAAAUAUACUUAAAAGUGAGGAAAUAUCAGAAGAUGUGUGUUCCGACACAAAUCAAUUGGUGCGGAAGACAAACUCCUUACCAAUGGAGGUUACCUGACACAUCUUCCACCUGGGCUGAUUGAUGAUAAAUAAGUCAAGCCUGCCAGCUUCCUCAGAAAUUGUCUGGAACAACAUCAAGAGUCACAACACCAAUGUCUUCCAUGUCUGAACUUUACCUUUUCAUUCAGUGGCAACUUUUUUUCUUCAAUUAGUUUAAGCAGUAGAAUUUGUCAAUUUGAAAAAAAUCUGCUGAAAGGCUACAAAAAACUUAAAAAAUUAUCACAUUUGGCUUUACUGUUGUCCAUCUUGAUGUAUUUUAUACAGUCUGUCUGUAAUACUACUUGUUAUAAUUUUCAUAAUUUCAUGUGAUAUGUGAAAAAAAGUUGUUCUGAUUUUUGAUGCUCUAGUCUUUCUUUAUUACUUUUUGUUUGAUAGCUUUAUUACUGAGGUGUGUUAGCUUGCCAUCAGAAACAACAUUUCUUCAAGACAGAUACAAACAUCUAAUUUGGUUUCCAUGUGCCCUUUACAAGUUUUGAGGCAAAAGGUUGAUAAAUUAAGUUCUUCAAAGACUUCGUUUACACUAAAGUCUGUAUUGGCUGAAAUUCUGCUAAUAUUUAUCGUUAUACUACGACUAAAUGCCUAAAAAAAUAAUAAAUUUAACACUGAUUUAUGAAAACAUUUCUUUCUUUGAAUCUGAUGUAUUUUGGCAGUAAAUUGUGUGAUCCUAGUUGUGUCAAACUAUGUGCUAAUAUAAAUGAUAUACAUGUUUCUAUGAAGAUUUGCUGGAAAAGUAUUGCUAGAAACAGAAGUAAAGCAGAAUGUUUUAGUUCAUUCGCUAGUUCAUUCAUUUCUUCAUAUUUUGUUUGCUAGCCUUAAGAAUCAAUGGAGAGUAUGAAUGCACACUUGUGAUUUGAAUUUGGUCUAGUGCACUGUAAGGGUUCAUUGUCUCCCAUUGCACUCUCUUAGUCCACAAAUUUCUUAAAAAAUUAUUUUUAUAUUUGUGCAUUGCGCGAGUUAGAUAGUAUUUCAGUAAGUAGGCUCAGGUGUAAGUAAAUCAUGCUCGAAUUUUGUGAACUGUGUGCAGCUGCCCAAAUAUUGUAAAAUUGUCCAUUAAGAGCAAUCAAUAUAGUAUAAUGCCAUAUGAGAAUUUAUGAUGAUCGCUCAGUUGGUAUUAUUAAUUUGUAUCUUGAGGAAUGUUGGAGUUUUGGCUUUUGAUGUUAAUCAUGAUCGUGUCAAAGGUGCAGUAGAAAAAGAGAAGUAAAUGACUUUGUAGAUUUGCAUAGAAUACUACAGCCAUGAAAACACUUGCAGUAUUUUGUACUGUAAUCAUGCCUGUAACUAAACUGGUGAGAGUAAUAAUGUUUGACAAAAACACAAAAAAUAAUCAGGCAAAUAUUUUUAUGACUAUUAUUUGAGGUUGAUGAAGCCAUUGUGCAUACAAACUGUGGCAAACUGAAAUAAAGAACUUGCGAACUUUCUUUAAA